UUUUUUAGCAAAACAAAAUAGUUCGUUCUGAGAACAUCAGCGAGCGAGACGUGUGUCGCAUCGUUAUCGUGACAACUGUGCGUUCGCAGUUCUAACAGUCGACGAAAAUAAAUAAUACCGUAUAUGUAAUUGUUUUGAUUUCAUUAUAGCUAUUUGUGCGUUGAAAUAUUGAUAAUGAUGAUGGAGUAAUUAUAUGGAGCGUUGAAGCUUGUUUUAAAUAGACUAAAUAAACAACAGUGCUGUGUUUUCGUUCGGCGUUGGGGCGAUAUCGGAGAGAAGGGAAUUCAACAGCUGUCUGUGCAUAGUAUGCUUCAUAUUGUGACUGCCUGCUGCUGUGAAGUUCCUCGCCGGUUAUGGGGCAGCGGUCGACUUCAACAAUAAACACAGCUAACCAUCAAUAAUGCGGCACUACAAGCCGAACCUCUCAUGACCUUUGCCUACUGAAAAAAAAAAAACGUCGACGUUUGAAAGUGGAACGCAACAAAACAUUAGUGCAUCAGAGUGGCCACCCAAAGGAAACUAGUGUUGUGCUAAGUUCGCGAAUGAUAACGUUAUCGCGUUUUAAAUCCAUUGCGUCUGUUUUCGUUAACCGAUAGCGGCGCUGAUAAAGUCUUGUCGAGUUUACAUUUAUCGUCACAUCGUAGACGAUCGUGGAUCUACCGAGACGUGUUAAAAUAGUGCUGGUGUACGACUGAUAUCGUUUCGCUCGCCAAUGUUUAAAAACAUACCGACCGUUAGCCAAGUGAGUUCGUAUACAGGUCGAGCGAGCGUACCUACGUUGUGUGUGACAUUAUUGCAGUUUGAAUAGUGUGUGGUGUGAAAAUGCGUGGUUUGUGGUCUCAUUUGGCUGCGCUGGGGUGGGUGGUGUCCCUGGUGGGAUGCCACACUCCGGGCAGCGAGCUGGAGUCCGUGCGGUACGGGCCCACGGACGACCGGUUCAUCAGUGACACGUACACAGUCGCCAACAUUAACAUUACGUACAGAGACGAGCACGGGGAGGUUUACACGGAAACAUCAGAGGAUCCAAGACAGUUGUUCAUGUCGCUUCGACGCACCGGACCUCAUAGUUCCGGAGUUUUCCUGUCCGGUAAAUACGGAGAGGGUUACAUCGGUUCCUCGCGAGGGAUCGCAGUUCACGUGAGGUCUAAAGACGCGGAGAAGGACCACACUGGUUGUCAAUGGCCAUUGCUGUCCACAGCGGCCCCCAAUGAUCCGCUACCUUCAGAGCCUUGGAUCGCUGUCAUCAGGAGAGGCAGCUGCAAUUUCGAAAUCAAGGUGCAGAACGCAUGGCGUGCGAACGCGACGGCGGUGCUCAUUUACAACGACCGCGACACCACCAACUUGGAGAAAAUGAAGCUGUCCACUGAUAAUGGACGUAACAUAAGUGCGGUGUUCACAUACAAGUGGAAGGGCGAGGAGAUCGCGCGGCUGGUGGACAACGGCACGCGGGUCACCAUCGGCAUCAUCAAGGGCAGGACCUUCGCUCAUGUCAGCAACAAUAUUAACAAGACGUCAGUGCUGUUCGUGUCGAUAUCGUUCAUCGUGUUGAUGGUGAUCUCGCUCGCGUGGCUCGUGUUCUACUACAUACAGCGCUUCAGAUACAUUCACGCCAAAGACAGACUCUCUAAACGUCUAUGCUGUGCGGCUAAGAAAGCGUUAUCAAAAAUACCUCUUAAGAGUUUAAAGACUGAUGAUAGGGAAGUUCAAGGUGACGGCGAGUGUUGCGCCAUCUGUAUAGAACCUUACAAAGUGUCUGAAACACUAAGAUCUCUUCCUUGUAGACACGACUUCCACAAGAACUGCAUAGAUCCGUGGUUAUUGGAGCACCGCACGUGUCCCAUGUGCAAGAUGGACAUACUCAAGUACUACGGCUUUGUGUUCACAGGCAGCCAGGAGAGCAUCCUGCAGCUCGAAGUGGAGGAGGCCCGCAGCCGCGCGCUGUCUCCCGCCCGCAACCGGCACCCGCUCACACUCGUACAUUUGACGAGCGACAAUUCGUACGAGGAGGCGGGCAGCGAGCGCAGCAGUCGCGCGUCGUCGCCGGACGAGCUCGUACCAUCGCUGCCCCGCACGUGUGACACGCCGCGUCAUCACCUUGCUACUAGGUCGUGCACAUCGUCACCGUCAGGGUCGCAGCGCGCGGAGACCUCGCGGCAGGACGCCGCCACCACCAGCUCAGUGCAGGAGUGAGACCACAGUGCCAAGUGUAGUAGUGCCACUCAGUGAGACUAUGUGUUCAUAUUACUAAAUACUCAACAUAAGACAAACCUCCAGUGAUCAAGACGCUCGUUGAACGGUGGAUGACAAGUGAUAUUUUUCGUAAUUAAGGACAUAUAGCAUAUAUGGAUACUUCGAUAUUCACCGCGACUCCGCCUAGUCAACGAAAUAAGUGUUCUUCCUAACGUUUGUGACCUAAGAUGGACUUGAAAAACGUUUUGUAAAAAGAAAAUCAACAAAAAAAAAAUACCUUUUUCUAUGAAAUAUGUAUUUGAAAUCAAUCAAAUGUUCGUCGUACUUAUUAUUAAUUGUUUUUGAUUGGUUCGUGAUCUCAUAAGUUAAUCGUAUCCUGUGUUAUUCUGGUGUAAUAUAACAAUGUAACAUUCGUGUGACUAAUAUUAUUGUAGUUUGUUGUGGUGGCCCUUUGCUUGUAACUAUAACUGGUUUGGGAUUAAGGGUAUCCGUCCAUAUGAUAAUAACUAACAAGAUAGCAGUAAUGGCUCGUAGUCAUCGCAUGUAUACGUAUUAAAGCGACACAUUGUAUGUACAUUGUACCCUCUCUACUUGUAUCCUCGUAAGGGCUGCUUGUUUAGUUCGCAGUCAUAAGUUUAUGAUUUAGAUGUAACGUUUUCUACAUUUUGUCAGCCAUAAUGAAUGAUUGUAAGCUUAUCUGGAGCCUUAGUACGAGUUUGCUUUACGAGACUGCGUUUGUCGCUGUGAUUGGUUGAUUCUUUGGACGCGGCCAAUCACAGCGACGAACGCGGUUACGUUUCGAUAUCGUUAUACGUAAAGCAUACCUUGUACUAGUGUCUCUGUCAGUAAUUGUUAUAUCGAAAGACUUUGAUGUGAAUAUGGGGCCAUGUCGCAACUGAAUUCAUUCUACGUAUGUAUGUACUAGCGGAUGUUUUAAAGGAACCUAAUAUUUUUCACGUACCUACUUCCAAAUGGUGCAAUGUUAGUGAACCUGUUAACAAUACAUUAAACACUAAUUUCGUGACUUGAAAUAUGUAGUUAAUAAAAUCUAGUCUGAAGAUAAUGUCGCUUUUAAAUUCAGUUGUUAAAUAAAUAGUUUGAUAAUAUAAGUUACGAGGCUAAUGUAUUGUGUUAUACAAUUUUGAACUUUAUUGUUCUGCUUGUUUCAAACCAGCCUCAUAGAAGAGAUAGGUCCUAUUAAGCUCUUUUUGCGAUAGCAGCGACAAUUUCUCUUAAAUCAAAAGUAUUUGUGUUCACAAAAAUUGUAUUUAAAAGCGACUUAAUGCUUUCAAACUGUGUCUAUCUUAAACAUAUGUUAAUUUAAGUUAUUUUAAGUGAGCAUUUAAGUUAUUAUGUACGAAAAUAGACAAGAAGGUACUUAAAUCCAUUGGAUUUUAUAUAAACAAGGAGACUGGUAUGUACUUUUUAAUAACCGAUAAUUAAUAAUGUGUAAAAAUGUUUACAUUCCCAUUCUUGUUCAAGUUCGAAUGUAGCACGUAUAUCUACGUGCGGACAUAAUAUAUGUGUUGAAAUAAAAACCAAUACAGUAUUGA